GCCGCAUUUGUAGCGAGCUGUUUCCAGUGUGAAGACGUGCGUCCGCAUUUUGUGCUGCAGCUUCCGAGUUGAUAUCUACUUCUCCGUUAAUAAGGACCUUCCGCCAUGUCGUCAGCUGCUGAGGUUCAGAGGAUGGCGGCCGUGGACCUGGGCGCCCUGCUAGAUGCGGGCGACGGCGCGGUCGUGACGCUGGUGGCGGGAGAGACGCGGCUGGCGGCGCACCGCGCGGUCCUGGAAGAGAGGAGCCCCGUGUUCCGAGCUAUGUUCCAGCACGACACGCUGGAGGCCAGCUGCGGCGAGGUCAGAAUCGCGGACGUGGGGGGCCCGGUGCUGAGGCAGCUGCUGUCUUACAUGUACACCCUGCAGGCACCCCAGCUGACCGACACGGCCCCGGAGCUGCUGGCGGCAGCCGACAAAUACGGCCUGUCCGCGCUGAAGGCCGCCUGCGAACAGCAGGUGGCGGCACAGCUGGAGGUGGAGACUGCGGCGGCUGCAGCUGUGCUGGCGGUGAGGCACUCGUGCCCCAGCCUAACUGCAGCCACCGUCCAGUUCAUAAGGGCCCACGACUACAAAGUAAUGGCGACGCAGGGCUGGGCAGACGCCGUGCUCGAGUACCCAAAAGACAUCGUCGAAGUCAGUCGGCUGCUUGGUGAGCCACCAGCAGAAGCCAGCGCGGGCCGUGGCUCCUGGAGUCCCAGCACCGCCACGCGGCCACUCGGCGACCCCGGACGCUCUCCUGCCGCGGCUGCCCGCCACACUCCGCCGCCACCAGACGACGCAGCCGUGUCUCGCCUGCGGAGCCUCUCUCAACAGGAGAGAGGGAGGAGGCUGAUAGAGGCGGCCAGGCAGGGCGCGGCGGAGCAGCUGCGCGAGUUACUGGCGGCGGGGGCGGACGUGGCGGCGAGGGAGGAGGGGGGGUUGGGGAACAGCUGGACCGCCCUGCACCUGGCAGCAGGCGGGGGUCACGUGGCGGCGGCCAGCUGCCUCGUCGGCGCCGGCGCGGAGGUCGACGCCAGGGAGAGGUGGGGGCAGGAGACGCCCCUGCACCAGGCUGCAUACAAUGGCCACGCUGGUGUGGUGCGGCUGCUGGUCGGCGCCUCUGCUGACCUCAACGCCAGGGAUUGGCGGGGGCGGACGCCGCUGCACUUGGCGGCAGAGAGGGGCCACGCAGGGGCGGCGGCUGAGCUCCUCCUGGCGGGGGCGGACAGGGGGGCCCGGGAUGAGGAUGGCAGGACCCCCCUGGACCUCGCCAGGCAGAGGGGAAAGCAGGAGCUGGUGGAUACGCUGACACAACGCUGA